AUGGAGGCGUCGCAGGCCAGUGCGCCGUACAUACCGCCGAUCGCCGUCAAGGUGAUGCGGGUCUCGGCCCCGACCUUGGCCCCUCGCCUGGUACCGGCCUUUGAGACAGUAGCAGAAGGCGCGCCUGUGCUGCCUGCGCCGCACAGUGUCGCUACGAUGGAGGCCAGUGUAUGGGACGCAGCGCAAGCGUCCAUGGCGCAAGGCUCCGAUGCAGCUUUUGUGCAGGCCCCAGUAAGUAUGCGCGAUUCCUCGUACACCGACCAGGUGCUGCUCCCUGCCUCGUUUGGCACAGUGGCUGUAGGCGAGACGUUUCAUGCAGUGAUCAGCGCGACAAACACGUCCACACGUCCGCUCACAGGCGUGCGUAUCCGCGUCGAGCUGCAUUCGGAAGGCACCGAGAAAUUCGCCCCGACCUCGUUCCAGUUGGCCGACGUGCCAGGGCCGGUCGCGCUGGCGCCUGGCGCGCAGGUCACGGCGGUCGUUCGGCAUGGCAUCGAGGCCCUAGCGACCCAUGCACUCGUGUGCCGCAUCCGCAGCGAUCAGCCUACCGCGCAGGGCCUCAAAGAACAUUGGCUGGCCAAGCAGUACCGCUUUGCUGUGUCGCCGCCGCCGUUUGUCAUGAGCUCGGCCGUGCAGGUCAGCUCAGGGCUCCGCGUAACCCGACACCCGGACGUACGUGAGCGGGAACGUACAUGGAUCCGACUCCAGCUACGCAAUACGUCCGCUCGCCCCGUGCACAUCGAGUCGCUCCACGUCGAGACCACCGCGCCGUGGACCUGGGCGGCGCCGCCCACCGACACCCCCAUCUUGCUGAUGCCCCAGGAUCUGCACCAGGCCUUGCUGGAGCUCACGCCGACGCAGCCCAUUGUGCCACAUGCCUUGCGAUCGACCGAGGCCACGUCCGCCGACGCCACAGUCCCGGCCGCGUGGCCGCUAGGCCAGAUCCGGAUCGCCUGGCGGGUGCCUGGCGCCGAGCCUGGCCGGCUGCGUAUUGGGCCGAUCGUACGCCGCACGCGCCUCCCACGCCCGGUGCAGGGCUGGUACGCGGAGCUGUAUGUACAGCCUACGGACCUGCCGUGGCGUGUGGACGAGCCAUGUACGCUGCCGCUCCGUGUAUCGCUAUGGCCCAUCGCCUCGACGGAGACGCCCUGUACGUGGGACUUGGUCGCAGACGAUGCAGGGAAAGAAACGUACUAUGUCGGCGAACAAACACACUCGUAUACCGUAAAGUCACACGACACGACAGAGCCCGUGGUAUGGGACCUGACCUGGACGAUCGUGCCAUGCCGCCGAGGCGUCGUCAAGACGGGCGGCGCUUCGUUAUACCUACGCGACGCAGCGACAUCCACGCGGCAUCUUGUGCAGUCCUGGCCCUGUGUGUGGGAAGUGUCAGUGCCGUGA